AGAAUAGCUGAGGAUUUGCAGGUUUAAACUGGAUUCAUAACCAACAGCAUUAUUUUUUUCCUUGCCAGCUUCUUCCAGGAUGAAUGCUGUACUGUCUUUCAGUUUAUUUUUAUUCAGCUGUGCCUUGGUGUUCCCUAGGCCUUUUAAUACAACACAGGAAAACGUUCUUACCACAGGAGACAAUGAAGUUUACCUAGAAACAAACAAAACCCAAGGAAACGUCACAAUAGGGAAUGGAACUGUAAAUGGAACUGUAAAUGCCACAAGCCACACAAAUGACACAAUACAUAUGACACCAUUCUGCUUGCUGCCGACCUGUGGCCUAGAUAACCUUGCUCAGAUGCUCCAGACUGGCUCUGGCGAUGAGACUGCUGGCUCCUCUGUACAUAACCCCUAUGGAAAUGGCAAGAAGAAAUGAGGAACUAAAGAUUAACCUAAAAGUUGAAUUUUUAAAAGUGUAUUGUCUUCCAUAUGCCGUAGCAGACCUUUCUAUAUUACUCAAACUUAAGGGACUCAUAUAUGUAUAUUAAUACUUACUUUAACAUAUUAUUAUAUCUUUUUAUUACAGGGGCACAGUAUUUAAAGUUAAAUAGCAGUGUUAAAAUGUUGUUUAAUACAAUCUUAAGGGACAUCUAUAACUGUUGACGCUUAAUCAUGAGGUAAAAAAACACUACAAAGAAACACAAUAAAAAAAAUGAAAAGCUUUAUUAAACAACAUAUGUCUUAACACAAAAAUAAUGUUUUUAUGCCCACCUUAAUUACUUUAAAUUAUGGAUAUACACAAUAAACACAUCCAUAUAUAUUAGUUAUUGUAUUAAAAAAAAAAAAAAACACUAUAUGCAAUAGAUCUGAAAAGUAUGUUAAUGGCUGUUGUGGAUAGUGUUAUGUGCUGGUUUCAGUGAUAAAGACGAGUGCUGCAUUGUACAAUACAGAACAGCGUCAUUUGUUGGGCCUGUCAGGGUAAACAACUCAAAGGUUAUGAAGUCUUUCUUGUACAUGGUGGUUUGCAGCUCAUUAAUAUUGUAUGGUUCAGAUUAAAAGACAACAAUAAUUAUCAAGGUUUCGUAGAGUUAUGAAACCAAAAAAAUAUUUAUGGAUGCAUUCACACACACACACACACACACACACACACACACACACACACACACACACAUAUAUAUAUAUAUAUAUAUAUAUAUAUAUAUAUAUAUAUAUAUAUAUAUAUAUAUAUAUA